AUGUUCAAGAAGAAGCCUACAAUCAAGAACUUGUCUCCGUUGCGGUCUUCCGAUCGGAGGAAAAUUGCCGACCAGAUCAUCAAAGACUACCAAAUCCCCGUUCCCUCCUCCGAGACGAGCUCAGAUACACCUAGUGCAGAAUCUGCCACACUUCCAACCCUUUCGUCGAUUCGAAAUGCCCUCCUUCCUGAUAACACUCAGACCGCGCGCUUUACAACAACCGCCGGACCGGAUUUAAGAGAGGUCCAGGGUAUUGUCUACGUGGGCGCUCACGCAGGUGAGGAAGAACGAGUGUUGUGGUUCAAGAUCGAACAUGGCCCAGGGUACGACAAGCGUCUAUACCCUACCGUGUACACACUAUGGAACAACCCGAAUCUCGUUCCUUUGUUGUAUACACCGGAUAUGGUAAUGCGGAAGCUCCAGGGCGGAGCUGAUCUUAUGACGCCUGGCCUUGCAAACGAGCCUCCAUUUCCGGAGAAGGCCAUCAAGAAUGCCGUUGUCGCGGUUGCAAGCUGUGACAAACACACCGUCCCAGCGUUUGUGGGUAUUUGUGAAAUUGAUGUCUCGGCACUUGGUGAGGUCCAGGGUACAAAGGGCCAUGCUGUUCGUGGCCUUCACUGGGAAGGUGAUGAGUUGUGGGCGUGGAGUUCAUCUUCACGACCUGGGCGCCCUGGCCCCGAUUAUAUUCCAGGAUGGGAUGACGAAGAGAUCGAUGACGUCGAAGCAGGUGUUGGUGAACUGACGCUUGAAGGCAAGGAAGAUGGGUCUGCCGAAAACACCGACGAUACCCUUAGGGUGGAUGUCCCCCCCGUCACCGAAGAACCCGCAGAGGAAGUCAAGGAGCCUUCGACAAAAGAAAUUGACGAUGCCUUUAUCAAAGCGUUCAUCUAUUCUCUCUGGAAGCUCAAGCAAGACAACCCUUCGGCACCUACCCAUGGUCUGACGCUACCGGUUUCACCCUCGAUCUUGAUUGCCAACCUCAUCACGCCUUAUCUUCCGAUCUAUUCAGCACAGGAAGUACAGUUCUACAACAUCAAGAAGACCAGCUGGAAGAACGUCAAGAAAUUCAUCAAGCAUCUCGACAAAUUGAAGUUCAUCAAGGCCAAGGAUCGCAGUGGCGGGGAGACGUACGUGUGGGAUGUCGACUUCGACGAUCAGCGCAUUGAUCGAUUCGUUCCGUACAAGCUCCCAUCAAAGGCGGCCCUUGAGAGUGGCAACAAGCCAGCCUCUGAUAGCAAGAAGCCUGCUGUGACUGAUGAUGCUGACCCAGCUGUUGGACAAUCCCUCAUCGUCCAAACACUCUACCGAGCAACCGGAAAGCUGUGUCCCGACAUUCUCCCAUCUCUGCCUCCCAGCAACCCCAAGAACUACUACAAGUACUCGGACAUUUCGAGUCAUCUGGAUACAUACCUACAGUCACAAGACCCGCCCAUCGUUUCAAAAGACAACCGGCGAAUCAUCACUCUUAAUCCGUACCUCGCAAACACCAUCUUCACAUCAGGGUCCUCCGAGGAUCAAGGUACCCUGAAACGUGGCAUGGUGACACGCGAUGGUCUGCUAAAGCGGAUCAUAGAAGACAAUACGUUUUUGCAACCACACUACGCCAUCCUGAAGCCAGGACAGACUCUCGCAGAUGUCAAGCCCAAGGCAGGCGCUACGCCUAAGGCCCAAAUCACUAUUGAGAAGCGAACAGGCUCCAAGCUUGUCACAAAAGUGACAAACCUAGAAGUCUUUGGCAUCAUACCCAGUCUUUUGGCAGAGGAGCUACAGAAGAAAUGCGCAAGCAGCACCAGCGUCACACAGGCCAAUGGUGCUCCCAAAGGUGUCAUGGAGGUCUUGGUGCAGGGUGACCAACGAAAGGUUAUUGAAACGGCCCUGACGCGCCGUGGCUUGAAGAGUCAAUGGGUUGAAUUGGUGGACAAGACCAAGAAGAAGAAAUAG